CUCAUGUCUCCUGGAUUCUUGGAUAUCCCACCUUUCGUUUCUUGGAAGCUUCUUGAUUCUCCAAUCCUGACUCAUCACUGAUCAUCCUGACCAAAUAUCUUGAGCUGCUCAAUGCCAAUAUUCAAAAGGUUCCACCAGAUGGCUAAUGUCUUCUGGACGCUCUUCUGGGUCCCCGUGAUCGCCAUGGAUAAGAGCGGCAAGAUUCCUCGGCCUGAGAUCCGAAUUGAAGGGGAUCUGGUCAUCGGGGGUCUCUUUCCAGUCCACGAGAAAGGAGGACCCGGCUCGGAGUGUGGCCGCAUGAAUGAGCACCGUGGACUGCAGAGACUGGAAGCCAUGUUGUUUGCUGUGGAUGCCAUUAACAGGGACCCGCAAAUUCUUCCAGGGCUUCAGCUGGGGGCCCAUAUACUGGACACGUGUUCCAAAGACACGUAUGCACUGGAGCAGGCCUUGGAGUUGGUACGAGGAUCUUUGACCCGGGGUGAUGGACCUCAGUACUUGUGUCCAGAUGGAUCAUACGCUAUACAUGGGGAUACCCUUACAGCCAUCAGUGGGGUGAUUGGAGGAUCAUACAGUGAUGUGUCGAUACAGGUGGCCAACCUGCUGCGGCUCUUCCAGAUCCCACAGAUCAGUUACGCCUCCACCAGUGCCAAGCUGAGCGACAAGUCACGCUACGACUUCUUUGCACGCACGGUUCCCCCGGACUUCUAUCAAGCCAAGGCCAUGGCGGAGAUCCUUCGCUUCUUCAACUGGACUUACGUCUCCACGGUGGCGUCUGAGGGGGAUUACGGUGAAACCGGCAUCGAGGCAUUCGAGCAGGAGGCCCGGGCUCGUAACAUUUGCAUCGCCACCUCCGAGAAGGUGGGCCGCUCCAUGAAUAAGAAGACCUUUACCAGCGUGAUCCGGGCCCUGCAGCAGAAGCCCACGGCCAAAGUGGUGGUCCUGUUCACCAAGAUCGAGGAUGCCCGGGAGCUACUGGCGGCGGCCCAGCAACUCAACGUCUCCUUCACGUGGGUGGCCAGCGACGGUUGGGGCGCGCUGGAGAGCGUGGUGCUGGGUAGUGAGGAAGUAGCUGAAGGCGCCAUCACCAUAGAACUGGCGUCGUACCCGCUGUGGGAGUUCCCCAAAUACUUCCAGUCCUUGCACCCCUUCAAUAACACGCGCAAUCCUUGGUUCAGGGAGUUCUGGGAGAACAAGUUCCACUGCCGGCUCGACACCUUGGACUGCACAAGACACACGCUGCAAGAAGUGAAGUUUGAGCAAGAGUCCAAAAUCAUGUUUGUGGUGAACGCUGUGUAUGCCAUGGCGCACGCACUCCACAACAUGUACCAGGCACUGUGCCCCAAUGUCACCCAGUUAUGCCCUACCAUGAACCCACCCAAUGGACGACGCCUCUAUCGUGAAUACAUCCUCAAUGUGAAGAUUGACGCUCCAUUCCCUCCUCCGGACACCCACAGCACAGUGAGAUUCGACAAAUUUGGGGAUGGAAUUGGCCGUUACAAUAUCUUCAAUUUCCAGAACACGGACGGCCAUUACCACUACAAGAAAGUCGGCUACUGGGCUGAAGAGCUGACACUCAACACAAGCCUCAUCCCUUGGGCCAGCAGCGCGGUGCCUGUGUCCCAGUGCAGCGACCCCUGCAAGAAGAACGAGGUGAAAAGCAUGCAGCCCGGAGACGUCUGCUGCUGGAUCUGCAUCCCGUGCCAACCGCACGAGUACCUGCUGGACGAGUUCACCUGCAGGGACUGCGGCCUCGGCUACUGGCCCAACGAGGAUCUGAAGGACUGUUUCGAGUUGCCGCAGGAGUACAUACGCUGGAGCGAUGCCUGGGCGUUGGGCCCGGUUUGCCUGUCCUGCUUGGGACUUAUCUCCACCUUCUUUGUGAUCUGGGUGUUCAUACAGAACAACAACACCCCGAUCGUCAAGGCCUCUGGCCGCGAACUCUGCUACAUCCUGCUGAUUGGUGUGCUUCUCUGCUACGCCAUGACCUUUGUAUUCAUUGCCAAACCCUCCACCAUCGUCUGUACCCUUCGACGCCUUGGACUCGGAACAUCUUUCGCUAUAUGUUAUUCGGCCCUGCUCACCAAGACCAACCGCAUCGCCCGCAUUUUCAGCGGCGCUCGGGACGGGGUCCAGCGGCCAAGAUUCAUAAGCCCCGCCUCUCAGGUAGGCAUCUGCCUGGCCCUCAUCUCCUGCCAGCUCUUGGUGGCGAUGAUCUGGCUGCUCCUGGAGCCAGCCGGGACCCGCAAGGACACGGCACCAGAUAAGAGAUAUGUGGUGACCCUGAAGUGUAACAGCGGAGAUGGCAGCAUGCUCUUGAGCUUGUCCUACAAUGUCCUGCUCGUCCUUCUCUGCACCCUCUACGCGUUCAAGACACGAAAGUGCCCGGAGAACUUCAACGAGGCCAAGUUCAUUGGUUUCACCAUGUAUACCACCUGCAUCAUCUGGUUGGCAUUCCUUCCCAUCUUCUAUGUCACCUCCAGUGACUACAGGGUUCAGACCACCACCCUGUGUGUCUCGGUCAGUCUCAGUGGCUCGGUGGUCCUGGGGUGCCUCUUCACCCCAAAACUUCACAUCAUCAUGUUCCAGCCGCAGAAAAAUGUCACCAGUCACCGCAGUGCCACUAACCGAUUCAGCGCCACCGGAGCGGGCGGAUCCCACAGUGAGUAUGACUAUUCUGGAGCCCAUUAUGUUCCCACCGUGUGCAACGGUCGCGAGGUGGUGGACUCCACUACGUCGUCCCUGUGACGCGAGCAGGGGGCGGAGAUGCAGCGAUGACAUCCCAGCUGUGGAAGAAGGCCGACCCUAACAAGAUGGCUCUGGAGACGUCGGGCCUGACCGGGACUUCGAGCUCCCAAUGCUGAUGAACCUGCCCAAAGCCAAAACGUCCAUCGGCGUUCCA